AUGGAGCAGUAUGGCUGGGGAAGGGAGGAGGGAGGGUGGAGGAAAGGGCCGUGGACGGCGCAGGAAGACAAGCUGCUGCUCGGCUAUGUUCGGCAGCAGGGGGAUGGGAGGUGGAAUUCUGUCGCCAAGCUCACAGGUCUGAAGAGAAGCGGGAAGAGCUGCAGGCUUCGGUGGGUGAAUUACCUGCGACCUGACCUCAAGAGAGGCAAGAUCACGCCGCAGGAGGAGACCGUCAUACUCGAGCUCCAUGCCUUGUGGGGAAACAGAUGGUCGACGAUUGCGCGUAGCCUCCCCGGCCGGACGGACAACGAGAUCAAGAACUACUGGCGGACGCACUUCAAGAAGGGCAAGCCGUCGUCCAAGAACAUCGAGCGCGCCAGGGCGCGCUUCCUCAAGCAGCGCCGCGAGAUCAUGCAAGGUCACCACGAGCACCAGCGCGACGUCCAGGACGACGACGGCGCUGCUAGCGCGGACAACAACGGCGACGGCGCGGCUAGCCAUCACGCAGAUGAAGCAACAACAUGGCCAGCACCGCCGCCGGCGCAGGACGACGACGACCUGGCGAUGAUGCGGGAUAUGGCGGACAUGGACGACUUCCUGCAGUACCAUGAUCCAAUGUCGACGUCGGCCUACUUCCUCCUCAACGGCGGCGAUGGCGCCGCCAGCGACGCGGGUUCCAGCGGGGAGAUCGACGCCUGCGGCGCCACGUGGGGCAGCUUGUGGAACCUCGACGACCUCGACGUUGUAGAUGACGUCGGUGGUGGCGGCGCGUGCGGCUGGGGCAGCUUCGCUUUGCUCCAAGAUCACGGACUCGCUUUCUACUAG